AUGCUCUCUUCAACCGAGACCGUUUUGCCGCCAACGACUCAGGCUGGGCUCUAUUUUGACCCUCCCACUUUUGACAGCUCAUCCACGACGGUGGAUUCUACUGGCCCGAGGUCUCUGCGCAGACAUAAAAACCUUCCGCAUCCUAGAAAUAGCACGCCCUCUAUUGCAUCCAACUUGAACCAGAACCCACGCGCGUCUCAUGGGUCAAGGUUAGCAAUCGACACGAAAGCAUCUUGCUCAGAGUCCAGGUCUAGGCCAAGCUCUCAACUGUCCAGUCCCCCUUCACAGGCUCGUCGCAGUGUAGGGCCUGAUUUGCCGCCAACACCGCCAGCACAUUCGCGCACUUCAUCCAGUAGUCAAUCCGCCCAGCCAUCGAGUCCGACUUACGUCGAAACACCAGCGCAGUCGGCAUCCAAUCUCAGUCUUUCAGCUUCGGCGACGAGGUUACCGGGCACCCCACCAAACCAGAGGAGCCCUCCUACUCCCGACGUAACACCACCACAGCAGACACGGAGACCCAAGGCGAUUCGGCCGCUUCUUUACGAGCGCAUUGCUUCGAAUGCCACCACGGCCGGAUCUCGAACUGAAUCAUUCAAAACCGCCCGAGAAGACCCUUACUCGUCCGACGACGAUCGGCGAUCUACUUUGCGACCAAACACUACUUCUCGAAGGACAUCCCAAAAUACGGUACGGCAAGCUUCAAAUAAUUCAAGACAAAACAAGUCGAAAAGCCUUGGGCUAGGUUUAGGGCAGGGACCAGGUCUAGAAUCGGACGACAACCUGACACCACGCACCAAGCAAGAAUUUGGCACCUUUGAUGGGGAAUGGGGCUCUAGAGGCACAUCCGGCGACGAGGUUGAGCAGGAAUGGGACGACAAUCUUAUGAGGAAUGUCACUGUGAGGAAGCGACAGGCCAAGCCGAAAAUGGUUGGAGGAAAUGCGUCGGCAGACAAAGUUGCCGAAGUCAUCGAGGAUGUACCAAUCACCCCGACCAAUGCGACAAAGGCCUUGCGAUCCAUGCCCCUGCAUCAGGACCUGCGAAUGCGUUCUUCGCCCAGAGGAACACCCGACCGGGGCAAGCGCUGGAGUUCGGCGCCUGCUGUGGACUCUCCUGUCCAAGGCGAUACGAGAAGGUUUUCGGGCAUGUCCACAAAAUCUACCGUUUCUACAGUUGUAGAGGCAAUCUUGGUCGAUGCACCUCCUCGGAGACACAAGACGCUGCGACACGUCAAGAAACAAUCAACUCUACGGGAAUCCUUGCCUCAAAUUUCCCCGAAAAGCUCUACAGCGAAUUCACUUGGGUUCGAUGAGACAAUCAGGCGGCACAGACCACGAAUGGGCAUGGAUGCCGGCCGCACUGACAGCUAUGCUUCCUCUGCAACUGUUAACUCACUUGCAAGUCGCAAGGCAAGACGUGAUGUGUGGAAAAGCGGUGGAAUCCCUGUUGUGGUCAUUCCUGAUCGCAUCGCCUCCAUUAAAUCUGCAGAGACUCAUUCACUCAGGUCAACGAGCAGCCGAAGAUCACAGAGGAGCAACAGCUUGAGCUCAGUGCCCGCCUCAAACUCGAAUCAGGCCAAGGCAAAAGAGACACCGCCGAUCGUUGAGCGGACAUCCCGACGGGGACGUGCCAUGUCCAUGUCGGGAUCUGACGGAUCACUUCCCGGCGACCAACGAACCAUGGAUUAUCCGCCGAUUGUGCCACUUCGAUCAUCGUCCCUCUCAGCUCCAACUAGCAGGAAUAAUUCUAGAAGUAACUCUCGUUCCAACUCUCAGGCUGGAUCGCGCACUGGUUCCCUGACGGCUGACAGCUUAAAACUCCACAACGCUUUGCAAGCGGCGCAGUCAGCGCAAGCGGCAAACGAGCAGCAAACGAGAAACCAACCUCCGCCAAAGGUGACUGUGGAACGUGAGCCAAGUCUGCCGGGCGUCGAAUACAUCCCCGCCGAGAGCGAACACUCGGAUCAGAGACAGCUGCAACCCACCAUUUGCGUGGAGUCGCACAGGGAGAAAGAUGCACAUGAUCACAGGCCACUGGUUGAUCACAACGGCGACCCCUUCUUCGGCAAACGACUGACAGCUCAUACCACUCCGUUCUCCAUAGCUUCCGUAGAAACAAAUGGUACGCAUUCUGCAGCCGAGGUUUCGGAAGCUAUGGCGGUGAGCAUCUAUCCUCACCAGAACAGAUCUGUGCUCAUGGUCAACCACUUGUCUAGAGCGUUCGAAGCAAACCUGCCCGAGAAAGAGGUGCCUGCUAGCACAGAUGAAACCGAGGAACAGUCUGUACCCGCUCCUGAGAAACCUAGUAUUACUACUACUGGUCCAGACGGCGAACCUGUCACACCACCCCAACCUCAGUUUUCUAUGGACGACGUGGAUAGUCCGCUGAGGAAUCCACGGGCACCACCUGAGCCUCCUGCAAUCAAGUUCAUUCCAGCUACGCCUUCUGGUCUCACGCCAGCAGCAGAGAAAAUGAAGAUGCUGGGCAAUUAUUUCGAGACAGACGACCCUCCCACUGUCGAGAAGCGCCCAUCGAUAGUCAAGCGAGCUUUCAGCCUGCGCAAAAACUCCGAGAACAGUUCUUCACGUCCCGGGCUGCUGAUGCGAACGCUUUCGCUCGGGAGGAACGUCCGCAAGGAUACGGCCGAGAAUCCUGAUAUCGAGAAUGGUCCAGACGCUAUUCGGCACCAGUACCCGACGAUCGAAGAUCCGCCUGCAGAUGAGGACAGACUUCAUCCAUUCUGGCGGCCGGCAUCUGCUCAGUUCGACUUCGAUUUUGAAGACGGCGAAGAUUGGGUGCAUGACAUUCCCGAUGAUGUCGACCAGGUUUAUCGCUAUCCUGCGCCCGAAACUCCCCGACCACCGCCGCCGCGACGAACGCUGUCUGCCCGCAUGAAGCAAACCUUUGCUAUCCUGCCAAUCACCAGCGAGGCACACUAUAUGUCAGCUGGUACUCGGGAACCUGAACGUCGCACAAUCAAGCGCACGCCGAGUGGCAAUCUACGUGUCACGCGCCAACACGACAGCGUCAGUACUCUGCGAUGGCCUGGCCGGGAUCGAUCCUCAUCGCCGCGUCGCCAUCGCAAGAACCGCGAAAAGGAACCGGACAGGCCCUCCAGCGCUCCAAACAGUCGUCCUGGCCGCCGGGCCUGGGGCGUUGAGAAACGUGUGGACUCGCAUGGCAACCGUUUCUUCCCAGGGUGGCAGGAUAAGCUUGGACAGGUGAGCAUCCAAGGCUUGCAGCGUCGGUUGAGCGAGAAGAGGAGAGAGAAGCGCAGCGAGGAGCUCAGGCAGAAGAUCAGCGGCCCACGCGAAGUUAGAGACGGCGUGGGCGAGGUCACAAAGCGAAACAGCUACCACGGGCCCAGCUACCAGACCGGAUCCACGGUACUUCGAUCGAACAGUCACUCACUUGACGACGUGGAAGGCGUUGAGCGUGCGCCGAGGGUCCAAGUCCAGGUCUAG